ACAGAGGCAGUCUCCGUCCGUCAAGAAGCCCUCGGAAGCUCUCUGCCAUGGAUCUAGAAGACGAAGAGAACAUGAGUUCCAGCAGCACUGAUGUUAAGGAAAACCGCAAUCUGGACAACAUGCCCCCCAAGGACGGCGGCGCACCUGGGCCUGGCGAGGGCGCUCAGCUCUCCAACGGGGGUGGCGGUGGCACCAGCAGGAAGCGGCCCCUGGAGGAGGGCAGCAAUGGACACUCCAAGUACCGCCUGAAGAAACGGAGGAAAACGCCGGGGCCCGUUCUGCCCAAGAACGCCCUGAUGCAGCUGAAUGAGAUCAAGCCUGGCCUACAGUACAUGCUGCUGUCCCAGACGGGGCCUGUGCAUGCACCUCUGUUUGUCAUGUCUGUGGAAGUGAACGGGCAGGUCUUUGAGGGGUCUGGUCCCACAAAGAAAAAGGCAAAACUUCAUGCUGCUGAGAAAGCCUUGAGGUCUUUCGUUCAGUUUCCCAAUGCCUCUGAGGCCCACCUGGCCAUGGGAAGGACCCUGUCCGUGAACACGGACUUCACAUCUGACCAGGCUGACUUCCCUGACACACUCUUCAAUGGCUUUGAGACUCCAGACAAGUCAGAGCCACCCUUCUAUGUGGGCUCCAAUGGGGACGACUCCUUCAGCUCCAGCGGGGACCUCAGCCUGUCAGCCUCCCCGGUGCCUGCCAGUGUCCAGCCUCCCCUGCCCAUCCUUCCGCCAUUCCAACCCCCAAGCGGGAAGAACCCCGUGAUGAUCUUGAAUGAGCUGCGCCCAGGGCUGAAAUACGACUUCCUCUCUGAGAGUGGGGAGAGCCAUGCCAAGAGCUUCGUCAUGUCCGUGGUGGUGGAUGGUCAGUUCUUUGAAGGCUCAGGGAGGAACAAGAAGCUGGCCAAGGCCCGGGCUGCACAGUCUGCCCUGGCCACUAUCUUCAAUUUGCACUUGGACCAAACACCGUCUCGACAGCCUGUCCUCAGCGAAGGUCUCCAGUUGCACUUGCCACAGGUGUUAGCAGAUGCUGUUUCACGUCUGGUCCUGGGUAAGUUUGGUGACCUGACAGACAACUUCUCCUCCCCUCAUGCACGCAGAAAAGUGCUUGCUGGAGUCGUCAUGACCACAGGCACGGAUGUCAAAGACGCCAAGGUGAUAAGUGUGUCCACAGGGACAAAGUGUAUCAACGGUGAAUACAUGAGUGACCGUGGCCUCGCGUUAAAUGACUGUCAUGCAGAAAUAAUCUCCCGAAGGUCCCUGCUCAGGUUUCUUUAUGCUCAACUCGAGCUUUACCUAAAUAGCAAAGAAGAUCAGAAAAGGUCCAUCUUUCAGAAGUCGGAGCGGGGCGGCUUUCGGCUGAAGGACACCGUACAGUUCCAUCUGUACAUCAGCACCUCGCCCUGCGGAGAUGCCAGAAUCUUCUCUCCCCACGAGCCAGUGCUGGAGGAGCCAGCAGAUAGACAUCCAAAUCGUAAAGCAAGGGGUCAGCUACGGACAAAAAUAGAGUCUGGCGAGGGAACAAUUCCUGUGCGCUCAAACGCCAGCAUCCAGACGUGGGAUGGGGUGCUGCAGGGGGAAAGGCUGCUCACCAUGUCCUGCAGUGACAAGAUAGCCCGCUGGAACGUGGUGGGCAUCCAGGGGUCGCUGCUCAGCAUCUUUGUGGAGCCCAUCUACUUCUCAAGCAUCAUCUUGGGUAGCCUGUACCACGGGGACCACCUCUCCAGGGCCAUGUACCAGCGGAUCUCCAAUAUAGAGGACCUGCCACCACUCUACACCCUCAACAAGCCCCUGCUCAGUGGUAUCAGCAAUGCUGAAGCGAGGCAGCCAGGGAAGGCGCCCAACUUCAGCGUCAACUGGACGGUGGGCGACUCCGCCAUCGAGAUCAUCAAUGCCACAACGGGGAAGGACGAGCUGGGCCGUGCGUCCCGCCUGUGUAAGCACGCGUUGUACUGUCGCUGGAUGCGUGUGCAUGGCAAGGUCCCCCCCCACUUGCUGCGCACCAAGAUCACAAAGCCCAACACAUACCACGAGUCGAAGCUGGCAGCUAAGGAGUACCAAGCUGCCAAGGCACGGCUGCUGACUGCCUUCGUCAAGGCAGGGCUGGGUGCCUGGGUGGAGAAGCCCACAGAGCAGGACCAGUUCUCCCUUACACCCUGAGCCUGGGGGUGCAGAGCACAGGGCAUGGAGGCUGCAGUGCCUGGCAUCAUUCCCCAGAGCCUCAUGACGGAACUCAGCGAGCGCUC